CACCCACCUACCACCUACCCCAGUCGCCAGCCCUACAGGCGACUUCCUGUCUCCUCCUCCUUCCGGCGGCCACCUCCGCCUCUCUCCGCCGCCGCCCGGCCUCUGAAUCUCCUUGGCCCUCCCCACCGGCGGCACAUUCGCAUCAGCGGCGGCCAUCCCAUCCCAUCCCCUCUGAUCUGAUCUGCCAGCUUGAUCAUCAGGUUCGAUUGAUGACGCACUCUGCUUCGUCGCACUCCCCGCCGCCGUCUACUUCUCAGCCUCCGCUCCUCUCCUGGCCUAGCUUGCUAGCUAGCUAGCCAGCACGAGCGAUCCCUCCACUGUCGUCCAGCUAGCUAGCUCCUUCGAGUUCGAGGCCGGCAAUGGCGGCGCCCAGGCCCAAGUCCCCGCUCGACCCCUGCGGCCGCCACCGCCUGCAGCUCGCCGUCGACGCGCUCCACCGCCAGAUCAGCUUCCUCGAGGGGGAGAUCAACUCCAUUGAAGGCCUCCAUGCUGCCUCCCUAUGCUGCAAAGAGGUCGAUGAGUUCAUAGGAAAGAAUGCCGAUCCACUCAUAACGAUUCCAUCUGAGAAAGGAAACACCAAUCAAUCUCAUCGCUCCGCAAAGAAGAUCCGAGCCCGGUGGGCGUGUUUGAGCUGCUUCCCGUGGAUGUGCGGCGGCUGGUGCUCUGCAGUCCAGCGCAAGGGGCCGAGUUGCUGCUGCGGGUGUCCCCGGUGCUGUGUGGGGAGCGGGGGCUGCGGCGGCGGACCCUCUUGUGGCUGCACAUGCUCCUGCGCCGGUUGCUCCUCUUCUUGCUCGUGCCCUGCGUGUGCCAGCUGCGGGGCCGCGUGCUGCGGGUGUGUCCCUCGCCCUCGGUGCUGCCUGUGUUCAUGAGGUCUCCGACUGAUUGUUCUUCUUGUUCUCUGUUCUUGUUGCGUGUGUCGCCCGCAGUCUCAGGCUCAGCUAGUGUUCUUGACGAGCGUAGUCCAUGAUGUGUUUAAAGUUGGCGUUGUGGAUUUACCUGGUUUUACUUGCCACAAAGAUGGAUCACUUGUGCUUUCGUCCUUCCUGUAGUCUCCUAGUAUGUUGUAAGUAAUUAGAGCUUUAGAGAUAACUGAAGCAUGAACAGUUUUUCUCACUGAUGAUGAUGAUGAUUAGGGUGUAUAUACCCGAAAAUUGGUA